AUGGAGCCGUACACCGUCCCAGGAGCGCACAUCUCCCUGUCCGACCUCUACUCCGUCAUCCCCUUCAAUGUCACCUUCCCGGACGAGGAGCUUGUCGACAGGCUGCAUAACUCCACCGUGCCGCAGCGUCCAGUGAGGAGCGCCGGCGGCAUAAUCAUAGCUAUAUGCAUCACGGCUCUCUACUCCGUCAUUUGCGUGGUGGGACUUCUGGGCAACGUCCUCGUAAUGUACGGGGUGGUCAGAUACACCAAGAUGAAGACGGCCACAAACAUCUACAUCUUCAACUUGGCUCUUGCCGACGCCCUCGCCACCAGCACGCUGCCCUUCCAGAGCGCCAAAUACCUCAUGAACACCUGGCCGUUUGGGGAACUCCUGUGCAAGCUCAUUAUUGCCAUUGACUACUACAACAUGUUCACAAGCAUCUUCACCCUGACUAUGAUGAGUGUGGACCGCUACAUCGCUGUGUGCCACCCAGUCAGAGCGCUGGAGUUUCGGACGCCGGUCAAGGCUAAAAUGAUCAAUGUGCUCAUCUGGGUCCUGUCCUCUGCAAUUGGGGUGCCCAUUAUGGUCAUGGCUGUGACCAAAGACAAGGAUAAUGGUCAAACCAUGUGCAUGCUGAAGUUCCCUGACCCUGACUGGUACUGGGACACGGUGACAAAGAUCUGUGUCUUCAUCUUCGCUUUCGUGGUUCCUGUGAUGGUCAUCACUGUAUGUUACGGCCUGAUGAUCCUGCGCCUGAAGAGCGUUCGUCUGCUCUCAGGCUCAAAGGAGAAAGACCGCAACAUGCGCCGCAUCACCCGCAUGGUCCUGGUAAUUGUGGCGGCCUUCAUCAUCUGCUGGACCCCCAUCCACAUCUUCAUCAUCGUGAAGACCAUGGUGGAGAUCGACACAAGGAACCCCUUCGUGAUAGCCAGCUGGCACCUGUGCAUCGCUUUGGGCUACACCAACAGCAGCCUUAACCCUGUCCUUUACGCAUUUUUGGAUGAAAACUUUAAGCGGUGCUUCAGGGAUUUUUGCCUUCCCUGUCGGACCCACGUGGAGCAGCACAGUCUGACAAGAGGCCGUAACACCACCAGGGAGCCAGUGUCCGUAUGUGCACCGACAGAAGCGGAAAAGAAGCCCGCAUGACUAGGCAUGGAGUGGGUCCCCCACAGCUCUCGCUCGAGGAGGAUCCAGCAAGAUCUUCAAUCAGAGGUCACCCAGAUCUCCACAACAGAGUUUUAAAGAUCUUACAGAGAAAUAGCUUGUCUCAAAGAACAGAGUCAUGCCGGUUAUUCCCUCCAUUUUGGCUGACUGAACAUUCAAAAGAAAUAGCUAAAGAAAACG